AAUACUCGGUUAUUAUCGUUCCAGAGAAAAUGUGCAAAAUGUAAACAAACUCAAAGUGAACAAAAAGUGAAAUCAUAAUGACUAUGUCCACGUUUAAGACUGUGUUAUCGCGUUAUAUAAAAGGUCAUUUAUUCCUCAGUCAAAGAUCUUACGGCGCAGUUCCUGCACUGCAGAAACUAACAGAAGAAGACACCUUGAAAUUGACAUAUGCCAUUAACUCUUUGAAAUAUCAUGAAGAGAGUAGUUUGAUAUUUCUAAAAAUAAAAGGCAGUAAUGCUGAGGAUGUUGCAUCGUUUUCGAAUGCUACUUGUCGUCUGCAGACCAGCAUAGAACCAGAGGUAGAGUUGAAAAUAAGAAGGAAGCGGUUUGGCUUUGCAAGUAUAUUUCAUCCGGGAAUCAAAAUUCUGGAAAACUUCCUUCAGAAUUGGAGCAAUGUGCCAAAAGAUUCUUCAAGAUUAGAGGCUCUUAAAAGAUUGAUUGAUUUCGUGCCCAAAAUACCAAAUGUUUCACAGAGACUGCGACUUGCUGAGGAGAAUAAACAAGAACUAGUUUGGUCACUUCAGCUGUUACAUCACUACCUGAAAGAACUGUCAGUAAACCAGUCAUACUUGAUUGACCAUAACUCCAAAUUAAAGGAAACACAGUGUAGUCACAGUGAAGGAAUAACAGCGGACUAUGGUGAUACAAGUUUGGGCAGUGAAUCAGUAUGGCAUGGGAAUGUUGAUGCAAUGUUGGGAAUUCAAAAUAUACCCGUGAAUUUUCUUCACAAUUAUGAUGAAGACAAAAUUGAAGGAAAACAAUUCUCUUUUUCGAAUGAACAGUCCAGUUUUGAUAUAAGUGCUGACCAGUCUACUCUACACCAUAGGGAACAGCAGUUGGUGUCACAGGCAAUUGUGUUUGCUUUCCUUCAAAGAAAAUUACACUCAACAGACUUUAAACAUUUUCUUAUUCCAAGUAUUGGAAUGUCCAGAGAACAAGCUGUGAUAUAUUUCUAUGAUCCUGAUCAUGACAUACUAAUGAAAAACCUGCAUCCUUUUGAAUUGUUUGGAGAUGAAGAUGGGGGAUUAUAUUAUGCUACAGUUAUUGCCCUUUGGUUAUGCAUGAACUACCCUAUUCUUGGCUCAGGGAUAGGUAAAAGUAUUAAAAACACAGGAUUCACUGCAGAUUUUUUGAAAACUAUGAGCCAGCCAGUUCAAGAUAAAUAUAAAUAUGAAUUACAGUUUGGGGGUGUUAGAAAUAAAUCUAAAGACACAGAGCCUCCAAAGUAUGUUUAUGAUGUGCUGUUUGAUGAGCCAUUAGUUCCAAGCCUCGGACAGAUUUGAAGACUACAGCAAUUACCUGAUAUAUGUCAGUGCUGAAGCAGAUGGAUUGAUCAUUGUCUUUGGUUAUGUCACUGUGCCAAAAUGUCAAAGUUAUUUGGAAUAAUCAUUCACAGAAGUAUAAAAAUGUUGAAGUAACUAUGCUCAGUAUAAGAGGAAAUUGGUUUUACCUUGUCUUUCCAUUUUUAAAAGCAAAAAUCUAUUAAUUAAUUGGAUUUUGUUUAUAAACACUGAAAAAGUGAAACAGAUGAUUUUAGUUAAAUAAGCCCCAUUGGAUGACAAUGGGAUCCUUGUAUACAUGGUUUUCUAGCUAUUUGUUAGGAAGUUGGUUUUUCAGUUUUACAUCCAGUUUUUGAAUGGGGAACAAUUUGUCAAAUUACAUCUAUAUUUGUUCUGACAGUAUAAAUGAUUAUGAGAAGGCCACUUUUGUUAGGAGGAGAAAAAUAAUACAGUUGUUAAUCUUUUAUGCACAAUCUUAAGAAGAGUGGUUAUUGUCCCCAACUUUUUAAAUAGAAAUGGACUGCAUUCAUCCAUUUGCCACUCUUGUUUUCUGGUUCAAAACUGCCAUUUAUCAAAAGAUUUGAAAUGACUUUGUACACCUGUUGCCUAUCACGAAGUAAUGUGUUGCAUGCCAAACCCAGAACCAUAGCUCCAAGGUCAGGGUCUGACUUGGAGCUCAAAGGUUAACAGUGUAUGUUUUGUAUCUGGUUCAUAGCUCUGCCAUUCAUAAACAUGAUAACUGGAUUUGAAAAUUACUUACUACAAAUAUUACCCAUAAUUCUAACAUGACUCGGUUUGAUUUCCAGUUAAACAAAGAAGGAAAUCAAGCUCUAUAUAUUCUGCAAUAAACAACGGUUGACGCGCGGACCGGUAAGAGAGCAUUAUGACGUCAAUUAUGACGUCAAAAAGCCGGAUGACGUCCGAUACAUUACUCCUCGCGUAAAUGAAGUCCAGUAUAAUAUCUAUUAAAAUAUAUCAAUGAGCAUGUCAGAAUGAAAACAAUCAAUGCCUUCUUGUUAUUUAUCGUCUAAUUUACCACGGUUCAUCGUUCAGAUGCUUCAGCAUUUAACCACUCGGGCUAACGCCCUCGUGGUUCAAUCCCUACGCAUCUGAACUCUGAACCGUGGUAAAUUAGACGAUAAACAACUCGAAGGCCUUGAUUAUUUGUUAAUUAGAUGACAUGUCAGCCAUAAGAUACAACUACAUUCAAAGGUCGAGGUCACACUUGGAGGUCAAAGACUUUGGGUAGUUUUUUUUUGUCCAGUGAUUAACUGGUAUGCAUGAAUGGAUAUUCAAGUUAUUUGAUAAGUCACCAUAACAAAUCAAUGUAUGGCAUGCAAGACUCAGACCCAUAGCUAUAAGGCCAAGGCCACAUUUGGAGAUAGAAUUAGUUUUGGUUAUCUUUUUUAAUACAGUUUUUUUUACACUGUGAUACAUAAAUAGAUGUUCAAACAACUUCUCAUAAAUAUUCACCAUUACUAGAUAAUGUGCCAUGUACAUGACUGAACUUUGCAGCUCAAGCUCAGACGUCAAGAACACAGGAACACAAGUUUUCUUUUUGGUACAUAUGACUUCUUCCCUUUUAUAUUAGGUAUAAAGUACAAUAGAUGUGUUGGUUUCAAUGUUCCUACUAAUUUAAGAAUAAAAAUAUAUUUAAAGUGA